GCUGCCCGGGAGCGGGAGCCGCUUCACGCGUCUUCGGCAGGGCGCGUCCUCCGGCAAAGGUGACCCCGGGAAGGCGCCCCUCUCGCUCCCGGGAACGCCCGCUCUCCGAGCGCCACUGCGACUAGCUGUCUCGGCUUGCAGGGUUGACCGGAUGAUCCUGGCCUGAGAUCCAGGAUGGUUUGUUCUCGGGACCAGACAUGACCACCAGUUGACCUCAUGACUAUGUCAACCUCCCCAGCUGCCAUGCUUCUCCGGAGGCUUCGGCGGCUUUCCUGGGGCAGCACUGCUGUCCAGCUCUUCGUUCUAACCGUGGUGACAUUUGGCUUGCUGGCCCCCCUGGCCUGCCACCGGCUCCUGCACUCCUACUUCUACCUGCGCCAUUGGCAUCUAAACCAGAUGAGCCAAGAGUUCCUACAGCAGAGCCUGAAGGAGGGGGAGGCUGCCCUUCACUACUUCGAAGAGCUGCCCUCUGCCAAUGGUUCCGUGCCCAUCGUCUGGCAGGCCACUCCCCGGCCCUGGCUGGUGAUCACCAUAAUCACUGUGGAUAGGCAGCCUGGCUUUCACUAUGUCCUACAAGUCGUGUCCCAGUUCCAUCGGCUUCUGCAGCAGUGCGGCCCCCAGUGCGAGGGGCACCAGCUCUUCCUGUGCAAUGUGGAACGGAGCGUGAGCCAUUUUGACGCUAAGCUGCUCUCUAAGUAUGUCCCUGUGGCCAACCGUUACGAGGGCACGGAAGAUGACUAUGGCGAUGACCCCUCAACUAACUCAUUUGAAAAAGAGAAGCAAGAUUAUGUCUACUGCCUGGAGUCGUCGCUGCAGACCUACAACCCGGACUAUGUCCUGAUGGUGGAGGAUGACGCUCUUCCGGAAGAACAGAUCUUCCCAGUGCUGGAGCACCUUUUGCGUGCUCGCUUCUCCAAGCCACACCUCCAGGAUGCCCUGUAUCUGAAGCUCUAUCACCCGGAGAGGCUACAGCACUACGUCAACCCAGAGCCUAUGCGGAUCCUAGAGUGGGUUGGCGUGGGCAUGCUGCUGGGGCCUGUGCUUACCUGGCUAUACAUGAGGUUUGCCUGUCGUCCUGGCUUCAGCUGGCCUGUCAUGCUUUUCUUCUCUCUGUACAGCAUGGGCCUGGUGGAGCUGGUGGGCCGACACUACUUCCUGGAACUGCGGCGCCUGAGUCCCUCCUUGUACAGUGUGGUUCCUGCCUCUCAGUGCUGCACCCCAGCUAUGCUCUUCCCUGCCCCUGCGGCCCGGAGGACCCUCACGUACCUCUCCCAGGUGUACUGCCAUAAGGGCUUUGGCAAAGACAUGGCACUGUACUCUCUGCUGAGAGCCAAGGGGGAGCAGGCGUAUGUGGUGGAGCCCAACCUUGUGAAGCACAUCGGGCUGUUCUCCAGCCUGCGGUACAAUUUUCACCCCAGUCUGCUCUAGGAGUGCCAAGGAAUGCCUUUCUGCAAUUGCCUAUAUCCCGGAGGGGCGUUCGUUAAACUCUUUAUUUAGACAUAAUUGCUUGCUUAUAUUUCAUUGUUUAACGUUGCUAGGUGUAAACACGCUGGGACAGCAUAGGAAUGCGUCUAAGUGAAAAGCCUUGACUGGUAACCCUCGGCAAGCAGCAGUUUGCCACAGGUCUGAAUCUCUGUCCCUCCACACAGCCACACUGCCUCAUGCAGUCUGUCCCACUCC